UCCAUUACUACUUUAGACGCACGUACUUGCUUCCCGUACCUUGCCUCCACGCCUUGUGACCCUCACGCCCCCUGUGUCAUCUUUAGAUGAUAAGUCUCGAACCCCAGUCUUCGGAGAUCCUUUACAUAUUCCUGCAGUCAUCAUCCAUGGGUCCUAUCCGUGCUUGAUGCUCCAUAUAUACCGUUGACACCCUAUCCAAUCCUUCCGUCUUACCCUAGCCUCCCAGCUACUACUAUGUAUGUUUAUAUCGCCCACCCUCCUUCUCUUACUUUCAAUUGACCAUCCCUCUCCUCUCAGUCCAUUCAAUCUAUACCAACCCUCUUCUCUCAACAUCACUCUUCUCAAUGGCCGACUGCUGGCAACCCCAACCGGCCUUUGCCAACCCGUCUUGGGUUCAAGGCAACCAGUCCUGCUGGCGCACGUCGACAUUUCGGGACUUGAUUCAGGCUUUCCCUAGACCGAAGCAUACCGGUCGAGUGACGAAACCUCGCAGUGCUGGGAACAGUCCUUCGUCUGCUGGCAGACGGCGGACAGCAACCAUCCCUUACAGUUCGCCGAUGUACCAGGGUUAUCAAGCUCCCGUCAAUCCUGCCCUUGUGGCCUCUGCACUAGCCAGAACUAGUCGAACCCGUCCGACAAGUUGGCACCCAGCAUUGGAGUCCGUCAACUAUUCGACUGCUCAGUAUCUCCCCGCCACUACCGCAUUGGACAACUUCGCCGCUCUUGGCGUAUGCCCUCAGCCACUGCCUACUGCCUCCGCCACAUACGAGGACACUUCUAUGUUGCCAUCAUAUGCUCCAUUGGACAUGGGGCUCCAUGCUCUUCCCGGCGGACAACAACAGAUGCCGCUCCAACAAUCUUCCUUUCUCCAGAUGAACGAAUCACAGAGUGAGCUAGUCUCUUGGGACACCAAUGGUUCGACCUUGCCCACAAUGGCCGAGCCGAUGUCUGAUUGCUGGUCCUUCGACAUGUCAUCCAUGCACAACAAUAUUCCUUCGACAUAUGUCACUGCCUCGGGCUACGAAAGUGCUCCAUCAUCCGGCUAUCUGACUGGGCCUUCUACGCCGGACUUUCUUCCCAUUCAGCGGCCCGACGAUGACCUCAAUUCGCAGAUUGGGUCACUGUCAGAGAAGCCCAAGGCCGAGGAUGAGCUGGUCGGAAUGGGACUUUACAGCAACCCGGAAGCUUCACUGGAGACCUCUCUCCUAGGGCUAUCCGGAAAAGGGCUGAAAUUGGAGGAGACUUUCACCCCAUCUUCGGACAACGAAGCGGAAGACCGGGAUGACAACGACAAUGAAGACGAUGAUGACGACCAGUCGGAGGAGGAUGAGGUCGACCACAAUGGGCCCGACUCGAACCAGAAGCAGCCGGAGCAAAAGACCUUCCAGCAACCGGUCAAAGCACCUGGUAGCAUGAUGCAACGAUCUUUUUUCUUCGAGGACGAUGAACUCGAGCAGCAUGCCGUGGUCGAGCCUCAGCCUUUUGUGAACAUGGCCAGCCAACCUUGUAUGAGUUAUGGCUACGGAUGGAUCUGAUUCCACACGAUCACUUGAUUACUUUUUAUUGCCUUUUUUCGGGUUACAGCAUCGCAUAGCAUGGAGUUAUC